GUCUCCCCACCCCACGACGGAAACUCAGCAAAGAUGGUGAAACACGGCGAGACAGAUGUGGUGCAGUUCUAACGUCUCGAUGUCUAAAUUGCCAGUGAAUAAUCGCGCGGACGACGGCGACCGAUAUGCGUGCGGGCAGUCGCGCGUAGCGCGCAGGUGGGAUUGAGGAGCACGCGUGUUCAAGGAGAAAGAGAGAAAUUCGUCGUUGUCGUCAUCGUCAUCGUCGUCGUCAUCGUCGUCGUCGUCGUCGUGUGGACCGUGCGAGCGUCGUUGAUCCCGGACCCCGUUGAUCGCGGACCCCCGAUCGAAGAUGCUUGUGGAGCAACCAUCAACUGGUAGCUAAAUAAAUUUUUGACAUGAAAGAAUGAAACGAGAAACUGUUAUUACCUGUGUAGAGCCUGACCGACGAGCGCAAACGAUGACGACGGUACUGGACAGUAGCUACCAACGUAUACAACCUUAUGAGGGGCAAGAGGAGGAUGCGGACGAUGAGGACGAUCACGAGGAGGCGCCUCAAGAAUCGGGUGUCAUCAUUCAUGUAGUACCAGAGGGUAACAAAGCGCGAUGGAAUCAUAUUGAGGAUUUAGACUCAUUCUUCACUCGAAUGUACCACUAUCAUCAACAGCAUGGCUUCGUUUGUAUGAUGCUCCAAGAAGUUUUGGAAUUGUUGCAAUUCUUUUUUGUAGUCACAUUUGUUACCUUUCUUUUUCACUGCGUCGAUUACAGCAAAUUGUAUAGUGGUGGUGGAGAUGGCAACGAUACCAGCCACAAAAGCGAUGCCAUAAUGUGCAUAGGGGAUUGCAUCAAAUCGAUCUCUUUGUUUUAUUGGAUUCUUCUCGUGGUCGCGAUAAUUUUUUUUAUCCUCCAAUUACUCAAAGUUCUGUAUCACAUAACGCAAUUCUGGGAGAUCAAAAUGUUCUUUAAUACCGCGCUCAAAAUCGCUGACUGCGAACUAGAUAAUUUUACAUGGCACGAGGUCCAGAAGAGAGUGAUAGAGGUUCAAAAGGAGCAGGAGAUGUGCAUUCACAAAAGAGAACUCACAGAAUUAGAUAUAUAUCAUAGGAUAUUAAGACAUAAAAAUUACAUGGUAGCUAUGAUUAACAAAUCUCUUUUACCCGUACGUCUCAAAGUCCCUAUUAUAGGGGAAAUCAUUUUUUUGACACGAGGAUUAAAAUACAACAUGGAAUUAUUAUUAUUUUGGGGACCAUGGUCACCAUUCGAAAAUAAUUGGCAUCUAAAGGAGGAUUACAAAAAAUUAAAUAAAAGGCAAGAACUUGCGCGAUCGCUAUCUAAAAAUAUUCUAUGGCUCGGAAUUGUAAAUUUUAUAUUGUUUUUCCCUAUUCUUCUAUGGCAGAUUCUCUAUACAUUUUUUAAUUAUGCCGAGACUAUUAAACGAGAACCUGGCGUCCUGGCGAUGCGGACGUGGUCCCUGUAUGGUCGAUUGUACCUACGUCAUUUCAACGAACUGGAUCACGAAAUAAACGCCCGUCUCAGUCGUGCGUACCGUCCCGCUUCAAAGUACAUGAGCAGCUUCACGUCGCCGAUAAUGACGAUACUUGCGAAGCAAAUUGCGUUUAUCACUGGUAGUGUAUUAUCGGUGCUGUUGGUUGUAACGUUGAUCUACGAGCCGACAUUCUCGAUGGAGCGCGUGGUUGCACUCAUGACCAUGCUAGGCGCGGUGGCGGCGGCGGCAAAGGCAAUCGUACCCGACGAGAAUCUAGUUUGGUGUCCCGAGACUCUACUAACUGCCGUCUUAGCUCACACGCAUUACAGACCAGACAGCUGGAGAGGAACUGCUCACACGCAUACCACCAGAGCCCAAGUGGCGCAGCUGUUCCAGUAUCGCGCAGUCCAUCUUCUGGAAGAGUUGGUCUCUCCGUUCGUGACGACGUAUAUUUUAUGCUUCCGCAUGAGACACCGAGCUUUAGAGAUCGUAGACUUUUUUCGUAAUUUUACGAUUGAAGUAGCCGGAGUCGGUGACGUGUGUAGCUUCGCUCAGAUGGAUGUACGUAGGCAUGGCAAUCCCAUGUGGCAGACCGUGGCGCACAGUCCCACGGUCUCGCCAAUGCCAGAGGAUAAUAGCGCGAAAUAUGACAAUCAAUACGGCAUUGAUCCAGACAAGUACCACAUACCGAUGUCGAAUCAUUACACUCAAGCCGAGGAUGGCAAGACGGAAUUAUCCCUCAUACACUUUACUCUAACUAAUCCCGAAUGGAAGCCGCCAUCUCACGCGGAAAACUUCAUAACUGCUCUGAGAGAAAGAGCUAAAAAGGAAGUGACUGCCGAUCCUGAUCCUUACAGCAAUCCUCUGAUGGCUAGUUUGAACAGUUUAUCUGGUCUUGGCUAUAGAGAUCACAUGUCGAAUAUUAUUCGAAGCACAAUAAAUCAAAUGAGCGUACCCAGCAUGAGUAAUAUCUUUACAAAUCAGCCGGGUACAUCGGCCACAUCAGUCGGCGCCGAUCAAUCGCUAGCCUCGAAGUCUACCAUUCUACGUCGAGGUGUGUCCAAGACAGAGGGUCCGUUGCACAAUGAUAAAGGAUUCCUAUAUGAUUUGCAACAAGGUAUAUCGAAUCAAUCACUAGGCGCCUCUGUAUUCGGAUCGGGCCACAGUUACGUUAUGGAGACGCAUACAGAUCCUUAUGUACCUACAGAAUUAACUGCUGCCGACAUGUCUUUGUCUACAUUGUACCUGCAUGAGCUUCAUCAUAGACAAGUAAGAAGAAGAGGUUACCAAGAAAUGGCAACGAGAAGUAUAUGGCAGCGAAGUCCGGUUCAAGAGCUAGCGACGCUUCCUGAGGUUAGACAAGAAAGAAUACCGCUCCUGUUACAUCAAGAUUCCUCCUUAAGAAAGAACUGAGAAUCUUAACGCUAGAAAUUUUAUUUAAAUAGCGUUUGAUUCGCGCAAUGACCGUCAUUUUUUUAGAGGAAUAAAGUGGUUUUUAUCUGUUUUAUUAUGACGAAUCCAUGAUUUAUUUUACAAUAAGUAGUCGUAAUACCGAGAGUGGAAUUGCCUGAAUAUUCUCGCGGUGUUGUAUAGAAGUUAUUCUGUCUUCUAAAUAUUUUUAAUUACACAAUGUAGAGAAAGUGUAUUCUUCUUUCUCUCUCUUUCCCUCUUUUCUCUGUGUGUGGCCAACGAUCUAAUAACGCCUAUUCUUAAUAUCAAAGGCCUAUUUAAAAACUUACAUUUUAUAUGUAAAAUAUUUCACACUUAACAUUAUAUUUUAUAUUUUAACCUAAUGAGCGAUUUAUAUACAUAUAAAUGCAAUUAAUUUAAAGAGUUAGAUCUAAUAUUAACAAGUAACAAUUUUUUCAGUUUUUUUUUUAGAAAUAAUAUAAAAGCUAUGGUUAAUUUGACGCUACAAACGCUUUGGAGCAUUCUUUGAUUGGUUAAUUCGUAAAAAUCGUCAAUUUUUUAUUUUGAUUGGUCAAAAGCAUUUGUGACGUAGAGUUGACUUUAGCCAUAGUAAUAUUUUAAAUACAUAUUUUUCUAGAUAAAUUUAUAACUUUUUACAUUUUACAAUCCACUGAACUGAUAUAACAACAGUUAUUUCUGUAAAUGAGGAUGUUAUAUUAUUUUCAGAGUUAAAAACAAUUUUAGAAUCUUUCUAAAUUAUUGUACUUUUAUUAUUAUUUUGAUAAGAAUUAUAUAAAUAUUUAUACAGAUGAACUAAAAUAAUUUAAUACAACUCAAUGAUUUUUUUAUUCUUGUAAUAGUAGAAAAGUAUUUUUUAUAAUGCAGAUUUCCAUACAGAUCUAACUCCUUAAACCAAAGCUUUUUAUUAUGCUAAAAAUGCAGCAUAUGUCAAAAAUUUGUUCAGCGACAAUUUAGAUAUUACAAUUGUAAAUGAAUUGAACGUAAAAGCUAGCAUAGUCCUCCCUUAGAAUGUUAAAGAAAAUAAUUUUUUGUUUCAAUACAAAAGAACUCGUAAUUUUACUCCAAUUUUAAUCAUAUCGCAAUGCCACGAUUCUCUAGUCAUAUGAAAUUAAUAUCGCGCCGUAAUAUACGUUAUUUAGAGAUAACAUGAUUUUAUUUAUUCUUAACGUUUUAUUUUUAUUGACUAUUAUAUACACACACACACAAACACAUAUAUUAUAUAUAACGGCGGCUGAUUACUGAUGGCUAGGAUAGAAUCACAUGUACAUAAAUAUCGCGAUAUUUCCGGAAACCGCGGUAACAAUAUUAAAAGUUAAAGGUACGGGCUAUCCCUUAACGUCUCGUCCUUUGACGUAAUGGAGGUUGUUACGAAGUAGAUUUAAGACAAAAAUUUAGACUAUUCUUAUUUCUUGUUUACAUACGCAACAUCUAAUUUAAUGCGAAAUCGAUGAUUUUUAAAUGAAUUAACAUGUAAUAGGUAAUAUUAAAUAAGAGAAUAGGUUUUGCUAAAUCUUAUAUCGAUGUGAUUCUCAUCAUGAGAUGAGAAAUUAUGCUCUAAGGAACAUCUGUAAUUAUAAUUAUGAGAAAAAUAAAAAUAAAUUUCAUAAUAAA